CAUAGAAUUCCCCAUUCUUCUUCUCCUGUUGUUCAGUUGAGGUUCCCCGCUGAGAACGUGAGCUCUAUUGCUCUGGCGGAUACCUGUCUUCUACUUACUACGAUUAUCAAAGAGCCCCAACUACGUGUGACUCAACUCUAUCCUCUGUACCAAUCCCAUGAUGCGUAUGGUGAAGUAUAUCGACGCCAGUAGAGAAGCUCGGUAGGAACAUGACAGAUAAACUAGUAGUAGUAGCAUGGAAAAAUUCCCUUUGACUUUCAACGGUCAUAAUGGGAGUCAUCAGUAUACUCGAGCUUUAGAUUUAAUACUCGAAGAAGCAAGGAUAAGUGGACAGUUGAACCUCAGUGGCAGAAAUUUAAAAGAAUUUCCAAAUAUCCCUGUGAAUUACGAUCUUAGCGACACAGUUUCAGCAGAUUUAUCCAAAAACAAGUUGAAUGAACUUCCAACCCAAAUCUGUGAAUUUUUCCUUUUAGAAGUUUUGAAUUGUUACCACAAUGUUAUUCGCUGCCUUCCAGACACUGUAAUUGCCUUACAGUCCUUAACCUUCAUAAAUCUUAGCCAUAAUCAACUGUGUACCAUUCCAGCAUCACUAUGUCAGCUUCCUCUUCAAGUACUGAUCAUCAGCGACAACAGACUUGUUUCUCUUCCAGAAGAAAUUUGCCAUAUGGAUCAGCUCAUGGAACUGGAUGUGGCCUGCAACCAGAUUGCCAUCUUACCACCAAAAAUUGGAGACCUGGAGUCACUCAGAUCACUUAAUUUACGGAAAAACUUGUUAACUAAGUUACCAAUAGAAGUUUGUGAUCUCCGUCUAGUCAAAUUGGAUAUAUCAGGCAAUAGAAUUACCUUCUUACCCACACUACUUAGACAGAUGACAUCACUGUUGCAGUUGGUUGUAGACAGAAACCCUAUGAUCUCUCCACCAGCUGUGAUGUGUAUGAGAGGCCAGGCACACAUUUUCAAAUACCUUGAAUUACAAGCCAUUCGAGACAGCAAAAAACAAGGUGUUCUUGUGGAGUUAGACUACCACCAAAACUUUAGGAAAGCUGAUGUUUUAGGUGAGCUACAAAUCCAGAAUAGCCUCUCAAAGGAUAGAAAGAAAAGACAAACUUUGGAUUCAGGUUAUAGUACCUCUUAUGGUGGAGAUUGUUGCUGGUUGCAAGAUCCACAUGAUCCAAUUGGAGAGACAGAAAUGUCUUAUAAGUUAUCUCUUCAGACAGCUCAACCAGCUAAAGAGCAAAGAAAAGAAAGAUAUUGCUACCAAGUGUCAUUGUCAUCUGACAAAAGUAACACAACAUCCUCAAUUACACAGAAUGAAACACCCGAUCUUAAUCAUAGCAUCAUAUGUCAGAAUCAAGUACCAAAACUGAUAAGUGGCUGUUCUGCAGACUAUGAUGAAGGGAAAUUUGAGGAUACUGAAGUCUUGAGGAAGCAAGAAAACAUAUUGAAUAAAGUACAAAAAUCAGGCAGCUGGGACUCUCUAAACUUGUUUAGUUCAGCCACAAAUAGCAAUACGUCCAAGGUGAAAAGGAGUGCACACAGCUCUAAUCUUCAUUUACAGACCUAUAAAGAGUACAAGGAAAAACUUAGGUUGCAGAGGGCACAAAAUAACAUUGGUGUUUAUAGAAGUCCCUUUGUUUGCAAUAAUACAAGAAAUUGUGACCCACCAAAUGAGGAAAUACUCAGUGUAGUAUCCAGCAUGUCAUCUUCUCAGACACCAGAAGAAAAUACUACAACAUCAAACCAUGUAAGAUGUGAAGCUAGUGACAGUGGUAAUGUUUUACAAGAAAGUGUAGUGAAAGUAGACUUAUCUGAGCUAGCAAGUCAUAUAAAUCUUGAGGACCAUUUAGAAAACAUUCCUGGUAAACUGGAAACUCGUUCACAGAAGUGCUGUGGCAAAAUAGAAAAAACUUCUGAGAACAAGAUAAAUCAAAUAGAGACAACUGUAAAAGAAAAUUCUACCAAAGUUGAAAACAGUUUGGAAAGUGACUCUGUUAAAACAGUUAACUUUUUACCAAAAGAUUCUGUUAAAGUAUUACAUAUGUCAGUUGUUGGCUCUGAAGAACAUGAAGAAGAGGUAAAUGAAUCAGGUACAUGGAGAGAAAAAGACUGUGAUUAUGAAGCACUGGAAAAUGAUGUCCACUCCAACCACAUGAAUUCUUUUACAACAAACCAGAAUAGAAGUAAUGACUGCAAUACACAAGCAAGAUACAAGAAGAUAUUUAUAAACCAACAUUUUGAAUUCACAAUGAAUGGACAAAAGAGAUCCUCUGAUUUUAAGAAACUAUCCUCUUCAUUCACUGAACCAGUUAAUUCAAAUUUCACAAUUAGAAGAAGACUAAAUAAAGCCAAAGAAGAACAAGAGCACAUUGAUCACUUGAGGAAGAUAAUCAAGAACAACUUAAAAGUAGUUUUACCAGAUGACCUUGGAGGAGCACUUCGAGAUGGAGUGCUUUUGUGUCAACUGAUGAACAAACUUCAUCCUAAUUUUUUGGUCAAUAUCCAUGUGCCUUCUGCUGCAGUGCCACAACUAUCUGUAGCCAAGAGUAGAUGGAAUGUGGAAAAUUUUCUCAAGAGUUGUGAAAAGAAAGGUGUGCCAAAGGACCGCUUAUGUUCUAUCCAAGAUAUUCUAGAAGAAAAAGGACUGGUCCAGGUAGCUGUAACGGUUCAAGAAAUAGCUAGAUCUUCAAAGGAUACGUACGAGCAUGCAGAGUGUAGCUUAAAGGACGUAUCCAGUAACAACUAGUUGACGAUAUCAAAAACUGACGCAAGUCUUUGAUUACAAAGUCAUUGGGUUUAUAAGAAACGAAAGAAUCUCAAUAAGAAACAAAUGGGUACUUAAAGAGUCCAACACGAGGACUUGUCCAUGUUGCAAUUAAUAAUAAUUCGGAAGCUGGGUAGAGUAUGUUUUUAAAAAGUUCACGUAAGAAAAUAAAUAGACAUAACAUUAGCAGUACAUUUUUAAUUUUAAUUUUUUUUUAGGAGGAAGAUUCGAUACGAAUUUUCGGAAUCUUUUGUUUUUUAAAUUAAAUUAAUGGUUUAUAAAGCACAUAGCGACACGUAUGUAGUAAAGUCUUCGAUAUUGGUUUAACAUAUCAAGUAAAUCACUUGUAUAGAAUUGAUAAAAUGUGUUGAAUCCACUCAGUGAGCCAAGCGGUUACCCACUAGUAAUAAAUCAAUCUGUUUUAACGAUAGUUUCUCACUAUAUCCGAGUUACAGUCAGAUCUCACUAUUCGAUUAGAGUAGCCCACGAGUUGGCGAUGGGUGGUGUUAAGGAACUGCCGCUUUAAAAUUAGGGAUGGCUGGCACAGAUAGUCCUCGAGUAUCUUUCCACGAAAAUCAAUAAACAACAACUAACUAUAUACCCACCAGCAUAGGAGUUCAAGGGGUUUAUUUUUAUGAUAUUUAUUUUGUUUCUUUAAGAAAUAUAAACAACCUGCAUAAAAUGGAGUCGAAAGAGUUAUAGGAAGACAGAGUCUUGAGUGAAUGAACAACAGCAAAAUUAUUUCAAGUAAGAAUCAGUUCAGAAAAGUAUGACAAGUUACCUCGGUUUUGUCGACCUGACGUGGUAACUAAAAUUAGUCUGAUACGUUGAAACUUUUUCCAUCUUACGAAAUUAAGAAGAGAAUUUUUGAUUUUUGAAAAACAAAAUUUAACUUUCCUGUGAUUACUUUUUAACGACAGUGUUUAAAUAUCCUGACCUUUUAUAUGAAGAAACAAUUCUUUUGAUUGUGAUCUAGUUUGGAAUUAGCACUUUUCUAACAUUUGUAAUAUAAGUGCGCAACGUAAUAUACGCAAUACACAUAGAGCAUUUCGUGAGUCUAGCUAGUAACGGAAAUAGAUUACAUCGUUACUAACACAUUCUGCCUCAUUAUUAUUAUAUUGUGUAUUUUUUGCAUAAGAUAUAUACAUUUAAGAUUAGAUUCAUUCCGGUACAAAGUUAUAAGCGUAUUUUUAAAGGGGACUUUGGACGAAGAAGCCCAGCAACAUAUCUCUGAAACCAUUUUAUUAAUGUACAUUUAAAGGGGAUUUGGAUGAAAAUGCUCGACAAUCUCACUCCGAUACGAAGUUGUUUUAUGUACUUUUAAAGGGGGGUUUCGGAGGAAAAUCCUCAACAUUUUUUUUUUCUGAUACAAUGUUAUUAAUGUGCUUUUAAAGGGGGGUUUCGGAGGAAAAUACUCAACAAUUUUUUUUCUGAUACAAAGUUAUUAAUGUGCUUUUAAAGAGAACUUUGGACGAAACAACCUAAUAAUUUCACUCUGGUACAAAGUUAUUAAUGUACUUUUAAAUACGAUUUUGGGCGAAGAAACUGAAUAAUAUCACUCCGAUACAAAGCUACUGCACUUUUAUUAAAUUAGAUUUCGUAUGAAAAUUCUCAAUUAUUUCACUUCGGUACAAAGUUCUAAACAUACUCUUAAAUGAGGAUUUCGAACGAAAAUAUUCAACAGUCUAUUUUGAUACAAAGUUAAUGUACUUUUAAAGAGUACUUCGGAAGAAGAUCUUCAACAAUCUCUCUCAAUACAAAGUUAAUGUACUUUUAAAGGGGACUUCGAAAGAAGAUCUUCAACAAUCUUGAUACAAAGUUAAUUUACUUUUAAAGGGGACUUCGGAAGAUCUUCAACAAUCUUGAUACAAAGUUAAUAUACUUUUAAAGGGGACUUCGGAAGAAGAUCUUCAACAACCUUGAUACAAAGUUAAUGUACUUUUAAAGGGGACUUCGAAAGAAGAUACUCAACAAUCUCUCUCGAUAUAAAGUUAAUGUACUUUUAAAGGGGGACUUCGGAAGAAGAUCUUCAACAAUCUUGAUACAAAGUUAAUAUACUUUUAAAGGGGACUUCGGAAGAAGAUCUUCGACAACCUUGAUACAAAGUUAAUGUACUUUUAAAGGGGACUUCGAAAGAAGAUACUCAACAAUCUCUCGAUAUAAAGUUAAUGUACCUUUAAAGGGGACUUCGGAAGAAGAUCUUCAACAACCUUGAUACAAAGUUAAUGUACUUUUAAAGGGGACUUCGAAAGAAGAUACUCAACAAUCUCUCUCGAUAUAAAGUUAAUGUACUUUUCAAGAGGGAUUUUGGACGAAGAUACCCAACACUUACUCUGAUGCAAACUUAUUUACGCAUUUUUAAAGAGGAUUUAGAAGAAUGAAACUAUUAAUGUACUUUUAAGUGGUAUUUUGGGCGAAGGUACUGUACCCUCUCACGCCGAUACAAAGUUUUUAAUGUAGUUUCAAAGAGAAUGAUACGCACGAACACAAGAGUCUCUUUUACAUAUUUGGAGAGAAGUACCACGACCUAUUUGAAUCACUGCACCAGUCAGUACGAGUAUAUACACCUUGAGUACAUAUUUGUGUUUUACUGUAUACUUUUUGGAAUAAUAAACUA